ACAAUCGUUAGUUGUAUUGUGUCAUCCCUACAAAUUCUGAGAGAAGAACAAUUAGGAGAUAUCUGUAUGGCUUCAGCACACAACAACUAUGGCUCUCUUCUCUUUGUUACCAUCAUGCUUUUGCCUUCAUUGUGCUACAGCCAGGAUUAUUAUACGUCCUCUAGAGCAACUUAUUAUGGCAGUCCUGAUUGCUUAGGAACACCAACUGGUGCUUGUGGGUAUAAAGAUUAUGGAAGAACCAUAAACGGUGGUGAGGUGAGUGGAGUCUUGAGACUUUUCAAGAAUGGAACCAGUUGUGGAGCAUGUUAUCAAGUUAGGUGCAAAUCUCCCAAGCAUUGCAACGAAGAAGGGGUGAAGGUGGUGGUGACAGACUAUGGUGAAGGCGACCACACGGAUUUCAUCCUUAGCGUUCGUGCCUAUACCAAACUUGCUCUUCCGGGUUUGGCUGCAGAUCUAAUUUCGUAUGGAGUGGUUGAUGUUGAAUACAGGACGAUUCCUUGCCAAUAUCCGGGAUAUAAUCUCAUGUUCAAAGUUCAUGAACACAGUCGGUUCCCUGACUACCUCGCUCUUGUUGCUCUGUACCAAGCCGGUGUCAAUGAAAUCACAGCUAUCGAAUUAUGGCAGGAGGAUUGCAAGGAAUGGAGGGGGAUGCGAAGGGCGUAUGGUGCAGUAUGGGAUAUGCCGAACCCACCCCAGGGAGUUUUAAAUUUGCGGUUCCAAGUGAAUGGUGCGAAAUGGGUCCAACUCAAGAGUGUGAUUCCUAGUGAGUGGAAGGCUGGGGCUGCUUAUGACACCACUAUUCAGCUUUCUUAAGUUAAUCAAAUGAACUGUCAUGAUGAUGAUAAGAGUGUGCAUCUGUUUGGCUAAGUUAGAUAUCAAAUAACUAAUACAUGGACCACUAGCUUUGUUGAUUGUUGUUAUGAUUGAGUGUAUUUAAUACUUCAUGUAUAAUUAAGGAGAUCUGAGUGCUUUUAGUUAGUGCUGAUCUAUAC